AAUUUCCCUUCAAAGACCUAAACUUUUAUUUUAUUAAUUUUCUCCCCCCGGCGGCUACGCUUCGCUUCACACGAGCCUUUGGCAUUUUCGCGUUUUGAAUUCAACCACCACAAGAAGAACACAAAAGCGCUCAAUCUUCUUCUCACAAAAUCUGCGAUUCCCAUCUCCAGAAUCUGAAUAAUCGGAAAAAUCAAGGUCUCAGCCGAGAAGAAAAUGGGGAAGAACGAGAAAACAUCUCUAGGUCGAGCUUUAGUGAAGCACCAUAACCAUAUGAUCCAAGAAACCAAGGAAAAAGGCAAAUCCUACAAAGAUCAACACAAGAAGGUUCUAGAAUCUGUAACCGAAGUCAGCGACAUCGAUGCCAUCAUCGAACAAGCCGAGGAAGCUGAACGGCUUUUCGCGAUUCAUCACGAUUCCGCAACGCCUGUUCCUAUCAAUAUGGACACAGGUUCGAGUUCAAGUGGUAUAACAGCUAAAGAAUGGAAAGAGCAAAGGAUGAGAGAAGAGGCUUUACAUGCUAGUAGUCUUCAAGUUCCUCGAAGACCUCAUUGGACACCUAAAAUGAAUGUGGAACAACUUGAUGCUAAUGAAAGACAAGCUUUUCUUACUUGGCGACGGAAACUUGCGAGCCUCGAGGAAAAUGAAAAGCUUGUGUUGACACCAUUCGAGAAGAACCUUGACAUCUGGAGACAACUUUGGCGAGUGCUUGAACGAAGUGAUUUGAUUGUUAUGGUUGUUGAUGCUAGAGAUCCUCUGUUUUACCGUUGUCCUGAUCUUGAGGCAUAUGCACAAGAAAUUGAUGAGCAUAAAAAAACAAUGCUUCUGGUCAACAAGGCGGAUUUGUUACCUUCUUAUGCCAGGGAGAAAUGGGCGGAAUACUUCUCCCGCAACAAUAUUCUGUUUGUCUUCUGGUCAGCCAAAGCUGCUACGGCUACCCUAGAAGGUAAACCCCUGAAAGAACAGUGGAGAGCACCUGAUACCUCUCACAAGACAGAUAACCCAGCUGUUAAAGUAUAUGGAAGGGACGAGCUUUUGGCUCGAUUAAAACUUGAGGCUCUAGAGAUAGUAAAAAUGAGGAAAUCUAGAGGAGUUUCCGCAACUUCUGCUGAAUCACACCGCGAACAAGUUGUGGUUGGCUUUGUUGGGUACCCGAAUGUGGGAAAGAGUUCGACAAUCAACGCAUUGGUAGGUCAGAAGCGAACAGGUGUCACAUCUACCCCCGGGAAAACGAAGCAUUUCCAGACAUUGAUAAUCUCUGAGGAUUUAAUGCUCUGCGAUUGCCCUGGUUUAGUCUUCCCUUCAUUCUCAAGCUCAAGAUAUGAAAUGAUUGCUUCUGGAGUUCUUCCAAUAGACCGGAUGACCGAGCACCGCGAAGCUAUUAAGGUUGUGGCUGAACGUGUUCCUCGGCAUGCCAUUGAGGAUGUGUACAACAUCUCUCUACCUAAACCCAAAAGCUAUGAGCCUCAGUCACGCCCACCACUUGCAUCAGAGCUUCUAAGAACUUACUGCCUUUCUCGUGGCUAUGUUGCCUCUAGUGGACUACCUGAUGAGACAAGAGCAGCUAGGCAGAUUCUGAAAGAUUACAUUGAAGGUAAGCUUCCACAUUUUGCAAUGCCUCCAGAGAUAACCCGAGAUGAUGAAAACGAGACAGCGGAUGAUAAUAUGGGAGCCGAAACACGAGAAGGUUCACAGCCUGAGGAGGAAGGCAAAGAAGCUACUGGCCUUGGUCUUGGUCUUGAUCAAGUUCUAGAUGAUCUGAGCUCGUUUGAUCUUGCAAAUGGAAUUGGGUCUAACAAAAAGAAACAGCACAAGAAGUCACAUAGAAAACCAUGAUUCGGUCGCCAGUGCUGAGAGGUUUCCAGAAACCGAUAAACAAUCACAAUGCAUUGAACAACAAAUGCUGGAAUAUAUGAUACAGUUGUGGAUUUUUCAUAUGUAGAAAUUGUGAAAAGUUCUAACAGCUGUUGGUUAGAUGUUAUGUUUGCGCAAAAUAUGAGAGAUAUCGAGAAAUUUUCAGCUUGAUGCUAGUAGUCAAUAUAUUGAUGAAGAGUACUCUGAAGCAGGUUCUAUAGUUGUAUGAUAUUUCCCAGUGACAUAUUAUAGACCAUUCACUCACAUGCAGAGCAAA